AUGAGGCAGACUAACAUCAGUGAACAGUUACGUCAUUUUCCAUUUCCAACAAAAAGAAACGCUGUCACAGACGAGUAUGAAUUCUUCUAUUUUGAAGGUGUUGGUAUUAAUGGAAAAGUGUUUACAUGCUUCAAUCGUCAAACAGGACAAAAAUGUGCAUUAAAAAUUCUAAAAGAUUCAAAUAAAGCUCGACGAGAAGUUAUAUUGCAUAAAAAAGCUAGUGGUACUUGUCAAAAUAUUGUAAAAGUGCUUGACGUUUACGAAAAUAUGUACGCUAAUAAUCGAUGUUUGUUGAUCAUCAUGGAAUGUAUGAAUGGAGGAGAAUUAUUUAAUCGUAUUAGAGAACGAGAUGAUAAACCAUUUACAGAACGAGAAGCCGCUCGUAUUAUGCAAUCGAUUUGUUUUGCUGUACAAUUUUUACACGAUAUGGAUAUUGCACAUCGUGAUUUAAAACCAGAAAAUUUACUAUUCUCAUCAAAGGAUGAAGAUGCCGUAUUGAAAUUAACUGAUUUUGGAAAUGACGAAAAAAAACCGUUGGCAACACCAUGCUAUACACCAUAUUACGUAGCUCCAGAAGUGUUGUCAAACGAACGUUACGACAAAGCGUGCGAUAUAUGGAGUUUAGGCGUUAUUAUGUACAUAUUAUUAUGUGGUUAUCCACCAUUCUAUUCUCUUCAUGGUCAAGCUAUUUCAGCUGGUAUGAAGUCGAAAAUAAGAGCAGGUGAAUAUCAAUUUCCUAAACAAGAAUGGGAAAAAGUAUCAAAAGAGGCAAAAGAUUUAAUCACACUCAUGUUAACAACUGAACCACAAAAUAGGCCAACUAUAGAAAAAGUAAUGGAAAGUUCAUGGAUAUCGCGAUAUGGAACUCACGUGCCAGAAACACCAUUAGAGGUUCCUAAGGUAUUAAAUGAAGAAAUGCAAAAUUGGUCGGAGAUAAAAGCUGAAAUUCAUGCUGCUAAUGCAUAUAAUCGUCGUGCUGAUGAAGAUGAAGUGAAAUUGAAUCCCGUCAGUAAUUGUGUUUUACUUAAACGACGACAACAAAAACGUGAUACAGCAGCAGUACAAUUAACUCAAAUUGAUGAACAACUAUCAACAGAAAAUGCCGCAACAACAUAA